CAAUUACAGAUGCAUCUUCACUCAAACACUGAACACAAACGCAAGCACACACACACAACUAACAUAAUUAGUGUGUUCAGGACCAAGACCUGCAGUCCGGAGACUUCCAGGUAGCACAAUGUCUGGAGCUAAUAGUGACCAGCUACACCGAUCCACUCUCAGCAUCUAUGCACAUCUGAUGGAACAGUUUAACCCCGGGCUCCAACAGCUGGUCACUUUAGGUAACAGCUACGUCAAAGCUUUUCAAGCAUUGGUGUUGACAAGUGAGGCCUACUUUAGUGCACUGGCGAAGAUGGGAGAGCAGGCUCUCCACACACUCUCAUCCCGUUCACUUGGCGAUGUGUUGAUCCAGAUCUCAGAGACCCAGAGGAAGCUCACAGCAGAAGUGGAAGGAGUGUUCCACUGGUUCCACGUGGAGGUGUUGCAGGCCCUGGAUAAGAACCUCAGGCUCGAUGAGGAGUACAUAGGCGGCAGCAGGAGGGUGUAUGAGCUGGAGGUAAGAAAUCAGGCAGCAUCUCUGGAAAGGCAGCUGAGACGAGGCGCAUACAGAGACUCUCUGGAGGGCAGUGAGUACAUGCAGUAUUUGAGACAGAGCCAGUACGAGAUCCUGAGAGAAGAGGAGAGGAGAUAUCGCUUUCUCACAGAGAAACACUGCGGAUUAGCGCAGUCUCUGCUCUUCCUCCUCAACAAGACAGGGGCGUCUCUGCAGCAGAAAGCUGAGGGAUGGAAAGAGCGAGUGAACGAGAGCAAGAGCUCCAGGUCACGCACUCCCACGCCGUUAGAACAGGACACACACUUGAGGGCCGCAGUGAGUUCUCUACUCCAGCCUGGAGACAGGGACGAGGGCUGGCAUGGGCAAGACCACCAGUUGGGCAGGGUGCCGUCUAGAGCCCCAUCUCCGCUCCAGGCGCGCUCUCGGUCUGGCUCGGUGAGCGAGUCCCCGGGCAUCGGCGGAGGUCAGUCAGUCAGGGCGCUCGUCUCUCACCCUGCCUCCUCAAACCCAGUUCUGCUCCCGUUCUCUCGUGGUGACACGCUCGUGCUGCUCGUACCCGAGCCACGCAACGGCUGGAUGUACGGUCGCCAUGACGCCAGCCUGCGGCAGGGCUGGUUUCCUGCGUCGUACGUCGCUCCUGUAGAAGAUCUCGUCUCGUCCUCGAGCUCGAGCAGCGCGGCUCCCCGAAACAACCUGCUGGAGCCGACAAGCCAGUCAGAAUCUGUCGACGGUAGAAACUACGGCGAGAUCCCGCCCCUUCACAGAGGCUCCAACGACCUCCGUACCGUCUCGCCGCUUCUCGACAGGAAGGCGGAGUCGGCGUACGAGGCGAAGGCGAGUCAGAGCUACGGCGAGAUCCCGCCCCCGGCGCUGCCCGUUCGGAGAGUGUCGGGGGAUUUCCGCCCGGUCUCGCCGCUCCUCGACAGGAGGGCGGAGUCUCACUUUGAGAGCAUGACUGGUUACGCCGUUCCUGAGAGAAAGACGGAGCUGAUCGUACAGAGGCCGAACCCUCACAGGCAGCUGCCAGAGCACCCCUUGUUUCCCAGGUAAACUCUAACCUGCGUACCGUCUAGUGCUCAGGGGAUCGAAUCCUUUCGCCACGGUGAAGCUCCGCCCCACGGUGACCAACGACAGAUCGGCACCGAGAAUCCACUGACCAAUCACAGCAGGCGAAAGCGGCCGCUCUGAUCGGCCACGGGACUCCCACCACGACACGAUCUGCUUCGGAACAAUGGAAAAUUCGAGCGCUUGACACGAGACGAGGCAGAGAAUUACGUCUGGGAUCCUUCUUCCAGUUUUAUUUCAUAAAAAGUGGCGUAAUUCCAUAAAUCCCACACCAAACAAACAAACACCUACUGACUAGCCUAAAUGGGCGUGUCCAAACUGACCAUACUACAAAUUCCUCAGCUAUUACGUCGCUUUUGCUAGCUCGUAAUUCAUUUGAGAUUAGAUUUUCGAUCACUAGGUUAACUUUUACUCCGCAUUUAAAUUGCUUAGCAGUCUUCCAAGAUUAGUUUGUGCUUGCUAGGUUAGCUUUUAGUCCUUAAGCUAGCUGUUGCUAUGCUAUAUUUGUCUUCCAAGAUUAGCUUUUACUAACUAUGUUAGCCUCGACCAGCUAGAGUAGCUAUUGCUAGCUAGAUUCAUUUCCUACCGAGAUUAGAUUAGAUCUGAAUGCAAACUUAUGAUAAAUGCUGAGUGGGAGGAGAAUAGCGACAUCAGACAUCAGCCUUGUGAUUGGUGGGGGGGGGGGGAAACAAGAUUAACCACACCCUCGUUAUAUUCAACGGGGAGACGUUUCAGUGAAGUGAAUUUAGACAGCGGGAAGUGUGUGCGAGUGUGUGUUUUGUCUGAUCUCGCCUCCUCUAAGUGUGUUUAGUUAAGAGUGUCGUGUGUUUAUUCUGUGAUGUAGUGUAGAUUACGUGCUGAGUGUUCUCCUCCGAACACAUUGAGGCACUGCGGUUCCGAAACGCUCACUUCGGAGAGCGUUGUACGUAGGUGCAUCUUCGCUUUCACGCCGUUAGCGUUAAGACAAAUACAUCGCAACAUGAAAACGUAUGAUAUAUUCUUAGAUGUUAUUAUAUGCUUAGUGUUGUAGUAUGACUAAAAAUAUUAAUAAAUAAAUAAUGUAUAAAUCGAUAACUUGGGUUAAACGUUACAUUCGACUGUGUUUUGAUAUUUUUGUUUGAUAUCCAGAUGUUGUAGCAGAGCUACAAGGCUAAUGUAACACAAAAUGUGAGAAAUGACAAGUCCAGAUGUUUUGAGUUCAAGGCAAGACUUCACUUUAUUUCUCUCUCGGUUUUUCAUUUUUCUCUCUUUUCUUUUUUCACAGCUUUGUCGUCACGCUUUGUCGUCUUUGAUUUUGUUUUUUUGUUUUUUU